UGGUCUGGACUAAGAAAGACAAGCAGAAGACGUCACCAAAUUUGCUGAAAAUGAUUCACCACACCUCCAAUUUCAUAUUUUGGUUGGAGAAGUGUAUCGUCGAGACGCCAAACUUUGAGGAACGGGUGGCCGUCAUGUCGCGCAUCAUUGAGAUAAUGAUUGUCUUACAAGAGCUAAACAACUUCAACGGCGUGUUGGAAGUGAUCUCCGCCAUUGGGAGUGCGUGUGUCCACCGAUUAGAGCACACAAUGACACAAAUUGAGAAGAAUUCCAAACUCAAGAGAGCCCUCGAAGACGCACAGGAGCUCACAGUUGAGCACUUCAAACGAUAUCACGAGAAGUUACGGUCCAUAAACCCUCCGUGUGUCCCAUUCUUCGGCAUGUAUUUGACAAACAUAUUGCACAUAGAAGAGGGAAACCCCGAGUUUCUGGUCACUCCACAACUCAAUCACUACGACUCCCAAUCGACGCUCACCUCUAUCUCGUCGGCGACCAGCGUUCAGACAACCAAUACGUCGCUCCUGUCGUUGAGCUCCGGCGGCACCACUUGUUCGACGGCCACAUUGCCAUCCAAUAGCAGUCUGACCGGUGGUGGCAGUAGUGGCGGCUCAACCACGUCGUCGGUGCCCAACACUCCCAACCCUAACAACAAUCCAUUGAUUAAUUUCAGUAAA